GCCUGGGCUGAGGCUCAGCUGAAAGCUCGUGUCGAGCAGGAAAAGGAAAGGCGAUUAGAGAGUUUACAUCAGCUUUAUGUUGAAGAAAAGAAGCAAAAAAUGGAGGAGAUGGACAAGCGAAGGCAAGAGCUCAAGAAAGAGCAACAGCAGGUGGAACAACGCUUACAUGGUUUAUUAGUAUUGGAAGGUAAAGCUACCGAUAUUGUGGGAGAGUACCAACCGUCACUUAUAGGGAACCUUUCUGAGAUUGUAAUGCAUUCUGCUCUUUUCUACCAUCCCAAGCCAGACUUGGUCAAGCAGUAGUG